AUGGACGCCCUCGCCUAUCUUCCCGACGACGUGCUGGUGGCGAUCCUCAUCCGUCUGCCGGCCCGCUCCAUCGCGCGCUGCCGCGAAGUGUGCAGAGCCUGGCGCUCCGCUAUCUCCCACCGGAGCUUCGACAUCGCCCACGGUGAACGCCGGGCUGCCGUCGUCAAGGUGACAAUGGAUCAGUGCUACGAUUACUACUUCGACAGGGGGUAUGGGUCCCUGGGACCAACGGUUUUCACAAGGACCACCGUCGUCUUGGAGUUGUUCCGUGGCCGCUGGCACCGCCGGGAUAUAAACCCGCCGUCGAGCCGGUCUCUCGUCCUCAGGUCCAACUUGUCUUCGGUCCGCGGUUCCUGGGACGGGGUGGUGUGCAUAGAGGUCCGUUUCAACGACGCGGCGAGGUACACGUUUCUCCGGGCCGACCAGUAUGUGCUCUGGAACCCGGUCACAUUGGCCUGCGCCACCGUCUCUCCGCCAUCCGACGCCGGCGAGAUCAUCGGCGCCUACUCGCACCACUCAACGAGGCGAUUCCACCUCGUCCACGCCUCAGGCGAAAUUGUAGGUCAUCACCUGGCGACGACCUUCCGGAUCUUAAGGGUCGGAGACGCUGUGUGGCGCGAGAUUCCCCUCCUCAAGGAAGAGACGAAGAUGUCCAUGCCCAGACACCACGCCCGCAGCGUCAGGUUACACGGCAACUUGCACUGGCUGGUGCUGCGGCGCUCUGAAUCAGAGCUGCGGCUGCUCACGUUCGACACCACACGGGAGAAGUUCCGGCUAAUGGAGGCGCCGCCCGGACGCCGAGAGGGGCAAGCGGACGACGUCUUAACAAGGGCUCGGCUGGGUGUGCUGUCCUGCGGCAAGCUCUGCACCUUCAUCGUCGAGCCGUCGACGAGCAGCAUGGAGUUGUGGGUGCAAGACGACUACGAAGCCGGGCCGCUCAGGCUCAGCAGCUGGCGGCUCAAGGAACGGAUCAGCCUGGUCCUGCCGGAUAGCUCCGACUUGUCACGGCAGUUCUGCAUGGACACCGAUGUGGAGGUGGUAGAGGGCGUUCGGGAGGCCGAGGAGAUCUUCCUCCACCACAACCACCGAAUCGUCGGGCACGGGAGCAGCCGGAUCGACGCGUACAACCUCGGAUGCAAGAAGUGGCACAUGGUGAACGUUUCCCGGUCGGCUCGUACGCUCAUGUACAGGGAAAGCAUUCUGCAGCAAGAGGUGAGCUUUGGCGGCACGUCAAGGGCUCUUUCUCCCAUCGUUUUGAAAGGGCACAUACGCUACACAUUAAAAUAG